GGGACAGCCCUGACCUGGGCGUGGGGGCGUCAGGCUCCAGCUCUGCCUUUGCCACGCCCCACUGUGGCCGGAGCCUGGCCCUCCUGCUCCGGGGCCCCGCUUCCCAGGCCGGUGCUCCAGCCCGUGGGUUCCCUCGGAGCCGCUCACUUUCCCUCCUGACCAAACUCUUUUCCUCGGCUGCCCGCAGCUGUGGUACCGCCGGGAGAAGGGCAGACGCUGCGGCCAGGGAGGGGAGUGAGGGACAUCCCGUCGAGCCCAGAUCUCCGGGGAGAAGCAGCAGCAAGGAGAGACCCACCCCCGACCCCCGCCUCCACUGUAGCCCGCCCCGUGGAAAGAAGCAGGCCGAGAGCAGCCGGAGCCGAGCAGGCCGCCCCGGGCCUCCAGCCAGCCGCCUGCCCCCCGCUGCGUGGGGCAUGUGGUCCUGAGGCGCAGAGCGCGCGCGGAGCCCGCCCGGCGCCAUGGCCCAGGUCAGCAUCAACAGUGACUACGGAGAGUGGGGCUCCAGCUCGGACGCCGGCGAGCGGGCGCACCUGCUGCAGAGCCCCUGCGUGGACACGGCCCCCAAGAGCGAGGGGGACACCCCUCCCGGGGGCCUGGCCAGAGGUACCACCUCCACACUCGGGGCCGUCUUCAUCGUGGUCAACGCCUGCCUGGGCGCGGGGCUGCUCAACUUUCCCGCCGCCUUCAGCACCGCCGGGGGCGUGGCUGCUGGCGUCACGCUGCAGAUGGCCAUGCUGGUCUUCAUCAUCAGCGGCCUUGUCAUCCUGGCCUACUGCUCCCAGGCCAGCAACGAGCGCACCUACCAGGAAGUAGUGUGGACCGCGUGCGGCAAGCUGACAGGCGUGCUGUGCGAGGUGGCCAUCGCUGUCUACACCUUCGGCACCUGCAUCGCCUUCCUCAUCAUCAUCGGGGACCAGCAGGACAAGAUUAUAGCCGUGAUGACCAAGUCGCCCGAUGAGGCCAGCGGCCCCUGGUACACAGACCGCAAGUUCACCAUCAGCCUCACCGCCUUCCUCUUCAUCCUGCCCCUCUCCAUCCCCAGGGAGAUCGGCUUCCAGAAAUAUGCCAGCUUCCUGAGCGUCGUGGGCACCUGGUACGUCACUGCCAUCGUCAUCAUCAAGUACAUCUGGCCAGAUAAAGAGAUGACUCCCGGAGGCAUGCUGACCAGGCCGACCUCCUGGGUAGCCGUGUUCAAUGCCAUGCCCACCAUCUGCUUCGGAUUCCAGUGCCACGUCAGCAGCGUGCCCGUGUUCAACAGCAUGCGGCGGCCCGACGUGAAGACCUGGGGCUGGGUGGUGACGGCUGCCAUGAUUAUCGCCCUCGCCGUCUACCUGGGCACAGGCAUCUGUGGCUUCCUGACGUUCGGAGCGGCCGUGAACCCUGACGUGCUCCUGUCCUACCCCUCGGAGGACGUGGCGGUGGCCGUGGCCCGCGCCUUCAUCAUCCUCAGCGUGCUCACCUCCUACCCCAUCCUGCACUUCUGUGGCCGGGCGGUGGUGGAAGGCCUGUGGCUGCGCUACCAGGGCACCCCCGUGGAGGAGGAUGUGGGCCGGGAGCGGCGGCGGCGCCUGCUGCAGACGCUCACCUGGUUCCUGCUGACGCUGCUGCUGGCGCUCUUCAUCCCCGACAUCGGCAAGGUCAUCUCCAUCGUCGGGGGCCUGGCCGCCUGCUUCAUCUUCGUCUUCCCAGGGCUGUGCCUCAUCCAAGCCAAGCUCUCGGAGAUGGAGGAGGUCAAGCCGGCCAGCUGGUGGGCGCUGGUCGGUUAUGGAGUCUUCUUGGUCACCCUCGGAGCCUUCAUCUUCGGCCAGACCACAGCCAAUGCUAUCUUUGUGGAUCUGGUGGCCUAGCCUCUGCCUCUCCGUCAGACGGUCGGACCCAGGACACCCCGUCUGAGAGAGCCCUGGGGCCACCCCGGUCCGGCAUUGCCCCCUCCCCGCUGGUGGGGCGGCACCGACAGCCCUGGGGUACAGUCGGCCCCCACAUCUACGGACAGCUCAGCCUUGAGUGGUGGGAGAUCUCCUGUCUGAAAGGAACCCCGGGGCCCCUGCCACGUUCCCGCUCCCCCACACCUGGAACCCAGAACCAAAGCGGUGCUGGAGACCUCGGGAAGAGGGACAGCAGGAGAAAGAGAACCUGUCCCGAGUGGGGACCACUCCACAGGCGGCCCCCGAGUCCCUGAUGCCCAGAGAGGGCCUUUGGGCGUCUCAGCCCGUCAUGCCCCUCACCGAGGCCCCAGGCCGCCCUCCUCCACCCCCAAGUCUAAUGUUUACAAACUAGCUCUCAGUGGCGUCGGGAGGAGCUGCCGUCUCCCUGCCGCCCGCCCCACCCCCGACUUCGGAUGAACCCCCUUUUCCCAGGGGAGGCCGGGGCACCUCGCCAGGACCGUCUCCAGAGGCUGCAGCUGGCCUCGUCCAGCCUGGCAGAGUAGCCCACGAGGAAAACGUUUGCCGUCUGGGUGACUAGCCAGCCGGGUGUCUCCCGUCCCGUCUGUAUUCUCUCGUCCACUCGCCCCUACCCCAUCCCAUCCUCACUCCAUUCCCCCCGCCCAAACCCCGUCACUCGUCUCUCCUGCCCACACAAGCCCGGAGCUAGUGAGUUUCCUCAUUCACACUACCCGCCAGGCCCGUUCCCGGCGGCCUGUCCAUUGCACUGAGGUCCACAGUGAAAUGAGGGUCCCAGGCCAGGCAAGGCCAGACCCUCCUGGUCCCCCCCCCCCCCGCUCUCCUGUCCCAGGUUCAGGAUCUGCCUUCAUCCAGAACGCACCCCACUGUCCUCGCCCCCCCCCCAGAGCCUGUGUGCUGGAGGCAGUGGGGACCCCCCUUACCCCGCAGCAGCCCAUCCAUCCCUCAGGGCAGGGGGUGCCACACGGCCCACCCGUCUCCCCUGGGUCCCGCUCAGACCUGGGGUGACACCCACAGAGCGGGCAUCACAGAGAAGCAGGCCAGUGGGGCAGAGGAGCUGGGGUCCACCCCUGGGGUCUUCCCUCAGGAGCCCCCAAGCCGAGUUGUCACACCGCGUCUUUGUGACCCGCGCGCCCUCGCCCCAGGGAGGGAGGCUAAUAAAAAGGGUUUGUGC